CGUUCAGUCUCGCGAACCGACGGAAAAACAUCGACGGUGGGUCUGAGGCCAGAAAGGCCGCAAUUCUGUCGUAGCCUGCUGCCAUGUCCAAUGUAUGAUAGAACGGAUUGUAGAUGAUCGACCAGAGGGGGCAGCAGCGUCUACCGGAAAAUGCUGCAGUCAAGCCGCGGGUUAUAUGCUGGGUACCGGUAGACAGCUAUGUACUCGAGCCUCAGCCUAUGCGAGCAGAAUAAGACCGACUGGAGGAGGCGCAAGUGUCCAGUGUGUUUUUCUCUGUGGCUAUGUAGUUAUCGUGUUGAGAUUUAAAGUUUUGUGCCGCAGACAUUGUUGGUUUGAUGUCGCGCUUUGCAUGGUAAGCACAUACAAGCGCGGUCGUUGGGCAGCAGACCGGUCCCGGUGAUAUUAGCAGUCUCUGACUUCUGUCCUUACCCCGUGUCUGGCUCUGGUGUACGCCGGGCAAUCAUCUUUAUGUACUUACUCGAAGCAUUAGGGAGUGUACCAU